GCAGUUUGGGACUUUGCCCAGAUGAAGACAACUCUUCAAUCGUCAAGAUUAACCAAAGAGUUUCUGACCAAUCUGCCGUUAGCUUCUGUUAUUCUGCCUUACUAUGGAUAUGCAGAUGAAUGCCGGGGGCUUAUGAUUCAGCUGAGAAGUGCUUCCAGAAGUCUUUGGGAGUUGAACAAACAUAUUUUGCUGAGGAACUACCCUGGUGAAGACGAUGAGGUCAGACUUAUAUUGAAAAAGAAGCCCUUACAAAUUUGGAUUGCAUUCAAUAGGAAAUUUUGAACAAGCAAAGAACGUGUCUUGGAUACUCAACGAUUCAUGAUGAGCGAGUUUUCUAAGUUGUAUCAACUUGAAUUCAAAGUCUUUGAAUUUCAUCUAGUUGAUCAGAAGUAUCUAGAUAUCAUUUUUAAAGAAGCUGACAUGCAGACAGUAACCACAAAAAGUGUCAGCUUCGUUUAGAAGAUUCGGCUAUUGGCCUAAUUAUUAUUUUAGAAAAUCUUAUCUACCUUCAAUUUUCAACAAUAUGCAAAAAAUAGCGAAGAUGCUUCAAAAGGAAUUCAAAGUCUAUGAACUUGAAGGCUGAAAAUAUUUUGUCCCUCCUAAAAUAUUUGAGGUGGGAGAAGACUGUCAGAUAAUCGAAAUUAGAGGUUCAGAGGGAAUCACUUUUUGGGAAAGUUAUCCAGUUUGAAGAAAUGAAGAUACUUGGAUGCUGGAAGAGCAAAAGUGAUCUUGACUAAAGAUAGCACAAAUUAUGGAGAAUCUGAAGACAAUACCAGUUGAGCAAGUACUCCGAAACAUUCUUUCUUCUGUUUUAGAGAUCAAAGUAUCCAACAAUGUCAUUUUGAAUAAAUCUAUUGCUCUAAUAGAAUUUUCAAAGAAACUAAAGCUCUGGUCUAAGAAUCUUCAAGCCCGAAAUUGUAGGCUCAAGACAGUAAGGCUCUUUCUUUCUUUUUGGCGAUAUUAUAAACCAAGAGAGGAAAAUGACUCAUUGUUUGAGCCCUUAGUUCCAUUUGCUCAGAGCUGCAUACGAAGUGGCCUUAGCUUACAAGUUACAGAUAGUGUUGAGGCCGAUCGAAACAGCCCGCUUCAGGCUAAUCUAUGUUAUUGGAUUAUCAAAGAUCAAGCUUUGGUCAUGAAGAAGUUCGAAGAUCAUUAUUGAGGUAGACAUUUUACCAACAAAGAAUGAUUAGUGCUUGAUAGAGAGUCAGUCAACCUUAGCAGCGAAAUUAUUGAUGUUAUUAUCCUUUGCUUUGGUCUCUUCAUUUGUGCGCUUUACUAAGUCUUGAUUGUUCAUACUUUGAAAUGUUUCUGGUAUUUUAGCCUGGCUUCGUGCUUUGAUUAUGAUAUCGAUAGCUUCUUUGACAAAUCUUGACAAAAUCUUUAUUCUAGUAGAAGCUUCUAUCUCUUGGGGCUUCUUUCAUAUAAGCUUCUUUUCUGUGGAUUUGGUAAAAUUUAUUAUUCUUUGAGGCUCUUCUGUAUAUAUCUACCUUUGAGUAAUUCCAAAGACUACUUCCACAGAAGCUAAAUGAGAUAAGUAUGGAGGUAGACUUAGCAUUUGGAUUUUCAAUAAUGUUCGCCUUCUUCUAUUUCUCUUGGUCAAGUGAAGAGAAGUGUUAUCGACUAUCAUUCUAACAGGUUUCUCAUCACCUACUGUAAUAACUCUUCAGUAUUUCGAUAGAAUCAAGAGAAAGCAACAAAAAAUGUUGGAGCUGUUGAUUCCAUCUAUAACAAUUCUUAUUAAGAGCCUAUUGGAAGCCAAACAAGGCAUAACAGAAGCCUUCUCUCCUCAAGUCUGGUCGAUGAAAGGGUGGGACUUCUCUAAUGGUAGUCAGGAGUAAUGAGUCUGUACAAAUCUAUCGAAGGAGCAUUCAUCAACAUUCACUACUCAGUGUCAAUUUCUCAAUGCCCAGCACCUUUGAUCAGAAGAGUCUCUGUCAGAAGAUUGCCCUAGAAUUCUUGUUAUUAAUGAUCUAUUUCCUCAUCUUUUAAAGUUGUACUCCCAAAAGUUCUUUAGCUUAUUGCAUGAAGGAGUGGUCC